AUGAGCGGAACGCGUUCCCGGGAGCUGACGCCGCUCCACGAGGCCGCGGCCCGGGGGUGCCGCCGGUGCCUCGGGCUCCUCCUGCGGGAACGGGGGCACCUGCGGGACCAGGAUGGAAAACAGGCCGUGGAUGUGGUGCUGGAGCAGGGCUGGCCCCUCGUGGAGGCCCCGGGGGGGUGCAGGAGGGCCCUGUCCUUCCUGACCGAGGAUGACUCCGAUGGCAGCGUCUCCCCUGGGUUCCCUGAGGACAAUUCCGAGGCCGGACCCCUCAGCAGCACCCGCAGGUCCCUCCUGGAGGAGCAGGAGCUGGGGGGCCACUGUGUCCCCUCGCUGUGGCAGGGCCGUGCCCCAGAGCCCCCGGCCCUCCCCCCAUGGCUCCAGGGGGACCCCAGGGGCUCUGCUGUCCCCCCCCAGCCCCUGGCCUCCAGCACACUGCUCUGGGACAGGGACGAGCUCCAGGAGGGACCCCCGAGCUGGCCUGGGGGGGGAAGGACGGGACCUCCCCCCUGGGCUCCCCCCCAGCCCAGUGUUGGGGACAUCCGUGUCCCCUGCCCCCAGUUUGGCCCCGGUGGGUCCCUGAGGGACCCUCAGUGCUGCAGCAGGACCCUGGGGGGACACAGAGCCCCCCUGCCCUGCCGUGGCCUGAGCAGCUGCUCCGAGUUGUCCCCGAGCCCUGGUGACAGUGACAUCCCUCAGCAUCGCCCCGGUGUCCCCUGGGGAGGGGUGGGGGGCGCGGGUGAUGUGGGGGAACUGCUUGCCCGGCUCCAGGGCUGCAGCCUCCGGGGGUCCCCGCCCUGCACCCCGCGGUCCCCUCACAGCCCGGCGGGUGUCACCGCUGGGGAUGUCACCCCCCGGGACCAGGAGCCCCCCGGGCACCGCCACAUCACCCCCAGGACCAGGAGCCGCCUCCGGGCGGUGGCAGAGCGGCUCAACUCCUCCUCCUCCUCCUCUUCCUCCUCCCUCUUCAACGGGACGCUGCCGAUGCCCCGGAGACCCCCCAGGAUCAGAUCCCCCCGGGGGGUCCCCAGGGACCCUGCCACCCCCCCGGGACACUGUGUCACCCCGCGGGACGAGGAUGUGUCCGGGGAGGGCGGAGAGGGGACAGACUCUUUGGAAGACACUCAGAUCCUGCCCGGAGCCCUCAGUUCACCCCCGGGGGGGUUCGGCAGCUCCCCCGGCUCCAGCCCCACGGUCCUACUGUGCCCUGGGGACCCCGCCACCCCCCCGCAUCCCCCAUCAGGCCCUCGGGGCUCCCCCCACCCCGGGGUGCUGGAGGGUGGCUCUGGGUGGCACUGCCACUCGCCCUCGGGGACGCCCCAGUUCCAGUGGCCCCACGGGAGCUCCAGGCGCCUUCUGGCCCCACAAGCAUCCAGCAGUGCCGGGGGGGACCUGGGCACCCCAUCUGUGCCACUGUCACCCCCCGGCUGUGGCCCCCACUGCUCCGGGGGGCGUCGAGAGGAUGAGGGGCAGGGACUGUCACCCCCCGAGUGUCACAGUCCCGGCACAGGGGCCACCCCCAGCCCCGAGGACGCCCCGGGCCGGGAUGGCCGAGUGUCCCCGGUGUCCCCGGGGCCCCUCUCGGACCAAAGUCUGCGGCGGCGGCUGCGGGAGCUGGGGGAGGACGCGGGACCCGUCACCGACCUCACCCGGGGGCUCUACCGGCGGCGGCUGCGGGAGCUGGGCACGGGGCACGGCAGGGAGCCGGGGGGGCACAGCCCGGAGCUGGUGGCUGCGCUGAGGACCGGCCACAUCCCCGACUGUGCCCAGGACGAGCUGGCGCUGGCGCGGCAGUUCGAGCGUCCCGACCGCGGCCGGCGCUGGCGGGAAGGGCUGCUCAAGUCCAGCUUCAACUACCUCCUCCUCGACCCCAGGACCACCCGGGACCUGCCCCAGCGCUGCCCCCACCUGAGCCCCGCCCAGCGCUUCCAGACCUUCGUCAGCGCCGUGUUCUACGUGGGCAAGGGCACCCGGGCCAGGCCCUACUGCCACCUGGCCGAGGCUCUGGGCCAGCACCGGGCAGGGACACGGCGGGGCUGCCCCAAGGUGCGGCGCAUCCUGGAGAUCUGGGAGAGCGGACACGGCGUCGUCUCCGUGCUCUGCUUCCAGAACAGGGUCCCGGCAGAGGCCUACACGAGGGAGGGCUGCAUGGUGGAGGCGCUGGGCCUGCAGACCCUCACCAACCAGCGCAAGGGGCACUGCUACGGCGUGGCCGCGGGCUGGGCGCCCGAGCGGCGCCGGCGCCUGGGGGUGCACAUGUUGUACCGGGCCAUGAGCAUCUUCCUGGCCGAGGGCGAGCGGCAGCUCCGGCCCGGGGACAUCCCGGGGAGGUGA